AUGAAUAUUGCCGACAUGUUGAAUCCUUCGUCUUCCUCUUUGGAACAGACGCGUCUGAUAUCACCUCCUUUGUCACCCAAACAACAUCCCAUUCGCGAAUUUUGCCCAUAUCCUCGUCCGAUACAAAACAAUGGCAAACCACGUAGCCGAUUUUCCGAUUUGGAAGACGCUAUUAUUUGCGAAGGUGUGGCCAAAGGGUUGACAUGGGGUCAGAUCUCUGGUCAACUUCCUCAUCGAAAACGAGCCACAUGUUUCAAUCGUUACCGUACAUUGCAAGGCAUUCGCAAAUCUCGCAAGCGACUUUCUUCCAACGAAACAAUGACUCGUUCCAUGACCCCGCCUUCACCCGUGUCGCCUAGCACCCCUGCCAGCUGGUUACCCACCACCCCGCCGCCUUGUUCCGAAAGCUCUCCGCCUAGUUACAAGCAGCUGUUGCCUUCACCACGCCAAGUCCUCAUGUCUGAAUCCACCAUGUUGCCUCGACUUCCGCCUCUACUGUAUUUCAGCAAAGAUCAUUCUCGCUAUACCCGUUGUUUAUAA